AUGAAAACGAAAACAAGUUUGAAUAAAUUUUAUUACAUGUCGCCCCGGAGUGGGCCAUCCCUCCUUCCUGUACACACAUUCAUCGAGAGUGCCAGCUGCCGCCUGUCUCUACUACCGUACUACCGACUAUCGACUACCGACUAUCGACUAACGACUAUCGACUACAAACUACCAAAACUUUACAAUCCACCUUGCCCUUGCCUCUUGGCCUUCCUUACAAUGACGACGUUGGACGUGCGCAAGCGGUCGGCGGUUCUCAAAAUCUCUGCGACGUCGCAGGGCGGAUAA